CAGAGCUGCAGCGGGAGGCCAUCUCCUCUCCAGCAGUGGCCCAGGGUGCACGCUGGCCACUGUCAUGCCCUCCGCGUCUCCCACAGGGCCCUCAGCCGUGGCGGCCCCCAAUGCCACGGUGGAGGGGGUGAUGUGGGCCAACAACAGCAUGUCAGAGAUGUCCCUGUUCCACCGGUUUGCCCUGCUGGACGAGGAGCUGCAUGCUGCCUUCCCGGGCCUGUGGCUGGUGCUGAUGGCAGUGCAUGGCGUCAUCUUCCUGGCGGGGCUGGUGCUCAACGGGCUGGCGCUGUACGUCUUCAGCUGCCGCACCCGGGCCAAGACGCCGUCAGUCACUUACACCAUCAACCUGGUGGUGACCGACCUGUUGGUGGGGCUGUCCCUGCCCACGCGCUUCGCCGUCUUCUACGGCGCCCGCGGCUGUCUGCGCUGCGCCCUCCCGCACGUCUUCAGCUACUUCCUCAACAUGCACUGCUCCAUCCUCUUCCUCACCUGCAUCUGCGUGGACCGCUACCUGGCCAUCGUGCAGCCCGAGGGCUCCCGCCGCUGGCGCCAGCCUGCCUGUGCCAGGGCCGUGUGCGCCUGCGUGUGGCUGGCUGCCAGCACCGUGACCCUGUCCGUGCUGAGCGUGACGGCCACCGGCGGGCCGUGCUGCCGCGUCCUCGCGCUGACCGUCCUGGAAUUCCUGCUGCCGCUGCUGGUCAUCAGCAUGUUCACGGGCCGCAUCCUGUGCGCGCUGUCACGGCCAGGCCUGCUGCGCCAGGGCCGCCAGCGCCGCGUGCGGGCCAUGCAGCUGCUGCUCACCGUGCUCGUCAUCUUCCUCGUCUGCUUCACGCCCUUCCACGCCCGCCAGGUGGCCGUGGAGCUGUGGCCCGACGUGCCGCCCCACACUAGCCUUGUGGCCUAUCACGUGGCUGUGACCCUCAGCAGCCUCAACAGCUGCAUGGACCCCAUCGUCUACUGCUUCGUCACCAGCAGCUUCCAGGCCACCGUCCGUGGCCUCUUCCGUGGGCGUGGAGUGGAGUGCGAGCCUAGCAGCUGCGACGUGGUCAGCAUGCACAGGAGCUCCAAGGGCUCAGGCCACCAUCACAUCCUCGGAGCCAGACCUCGAGCCCUCACGCAGACCCUGGCUAAUGGGCCUGAGGCUUAG